AUGAACUUCAACAGUUAUUUAUUGGCUCUCUUGAUUGUUUUGGCCCAAUGCUGUUUCGUCUUCUCACAGGUAUUUAUUUUUAUCAAAGAUCCCAAAACAAGAAAAUUCCGCUUUCAAACCAAAUAAAAUAGAAAACAUCCAAUUAAUUUUAAUUUGAAUUUUCCCCGGUUUUUGAUCUAUUGAAUAAUUUAACAUUUUUCUCAUGUUACUUCCUAAUUAGUAGUUUGGCACCAAAAAUUACUAGUUUUCUUUUUUAUUCUGAUGACGUGGAUAAUAAUAGUUUCAAGCUUCAGAUAAUUGUUUAACUAUUCCCACGCUUUAUACUUUCAGAGAAAAAGUUCAUACUGAUUAUAAAUAUUUUCAGAACUGGGAAGGUGAUUUGGAUGGUUCCUCAUUCCAAUAUCAACAAGCGGAUCCAGUCGAACAACGAUUCCUUUCCUACAAAAGAUCGAUUGAUGAUAAGAUUCGCAGUUUGAAGGAAAGAAACUCGAAUGGACAAUUCAAAAAUAUCCUUUUUGGUUAA